AUGGUAUCUGUCUUGGUUAAUGGUGCACCCACAGAGGAGUUUCAACCACACAAGGGAAGGCAAAGAGAUCAUCUUUCCCUAUUUUUGUUCAUUAUUGCAGCUGAAGCUCUCAACCUGUUACUGGUGAGGGCAAUAGAGAAGGGUUUGUUCAAAGGUGCCUCAAUUGGACCUAAUAAGUUGAGUAUCUCAUAUCUCCAAUUUGUAAAUGAUACUGUCAUAUUUUGUGAAGGUGAUGAGGAGGAAGUUCUGAACAUUAAAAGGGUGUUGAGGUGCUUUGAGGUGAUGUCUGGACUAAAGAUCAAUUAUCAUAAGAGUGUAGUUUGUGGAGUGGGUUUCCAUGACGACCAAACUAAGGUGUUUGGUCAGAGUUUGAACUGCCUAUCCAAAAAAUUGCCAUUUAAUUUCUUAGGUUUACCAUUAGGGGCCAAUCCUAGAAGGAUAUGCACAUGGCAUCCAGUAGUGGAUAAGGUGAGGAAGAAGUUGUCUUCUUGGAAGAGGAAGUUGUUGUCUGUUGUGGGGAGACUGACUUUGAUUAAAUCUGUCCUCUCUAAUCUGCCAAUCUAUUUUCUUUCAAUCUUUAGAAUGCUUAAAGAGGUAGUCAAGGCUUUAGUUAAUCUCCAAUCCACUUUUCUAUGGGGUAGGUCUGAAAAUAAGAAAAAAGUGCACUUGGUCCAUUUGAGGGAGGUUACCAAAAGCAAAAGUCAAGGAGGUUUGAGAGUGAGAGACUUAGGUGAGGUGAAUGAUUGCUUGUUACUAAAGUGGUGGUGGAGGCAUGCUAGUGAAGAUAAAGCUCUGUGGAAAUCUGUGGUGUGCUCAAGGUAUAGUAGAGCUGGUGGGGUUUGGGUUCCAUCAACAAUUCACUCAGAUGGGGUGUCCAUAGUAUGGCAGGAUAUUUUAUAG